GUGAUGGUUUGCAUUCAAGAUGAGCUUGUCAGAAAAUUGUUACCUCUGCCAAGGUUGCCUCUGGUCCUGCAGCACUGAAUGGCAAGUAUAAAAGGCAGGCGAAGGCUCUGCUCUCUCAUCGACUUCUCUUGCCUCCUUCUGCUUGGGAACCAGGUUCUCCUCCACACUCAAGACAUGUCCUGCUAUGACCAGUGCCUGCCCUGCCAGCCCUGUGGCCCGACCCCACUGGCCAACAGCUGCAAUGAGCCCUGUGUGAGACAGUGCCAGGACUCCAGAGUUGUCAUUGAGCCCUCACCUGUUGUGGUGACCCUGCCUGGCCCCAUCCUCAGCUCCUUCCCACAGAACACCGUUGUGGGCUCCUCCACCUCUGCUGCUGUUGGCAGAAUCCUCAGCUGUGAUGGAGUGCCCAUCAACUCUGGCUGCUGUGACCUGUCUGGCAUUUCCAGCCGCUACUUUGGCAGAAGGUACCUGCGCUGAUAAAGAUGCUGGGAAAGGCCCAGGGAGACACCUCAAGGAACUGAAAACAUGGUGCUGAACAAAAGAUGGAAAUAUUGGAUGUGUUUUCAGGAGAGCUGAAUGACUUUACCUUUCUUUCCAGUUUCCUUGUUUGUUUCAUUUCCCUUUGGCAACAAGGUUUCCCCAGGGAGCAUCUCUCUCCACCCUGUGUGGCAGAUAGACGAACAUAAUGCACAGACUCCCUCUUGAUCAAGGACAGCGACUUCCUUUUGACCAAGGACAGCCAACUUUCAGAUUCCUCUGUGGAUUCCUGCACUGCUGUCCUCCACUUGCAGUGACUUUGUUUCCCUCUUUUGGCUCAUUAAAGUUCUGCUGCAUUCAAA